AACAUUUGUUUGUAUUCUAUGACCCCUUUUCAUUCGACUGAACUGAAUUCCUCUCUUCUUCCUCCAUCUUUCCCUCCAAAGACAGUGCUCCUGUGGAUCUGAGCCCCACACCAUGACUUGCUGAAGCCCCCCUUGCUGCUACCCACCCGCCCCCCUUCUCCUCAUUGAAGAUGGUCCCUCCGGAACGGACGAGGUGGCGCCUCCUGCUGGCAGCCCUCACACUCACUUCCUGUCUACUGUCCACCUCUGCCACGGCCACACCUUUCCCCAAGGACCUGGAGCCAAUCAACGUUGUCAGAUGGGAGCGUGAGUAGCCCCACCAGCCCCCUGAUUUGGCUUAGAGUGAUUUUAAAAGGCCAAGUGGUGCCAUGUUGCAUAUUUUCCCUCUGUGAUAUAAGGGGAUUAAUUUAGUAGCACGGGACUGGUAGUUAGAGUGCACUAAUAUGAUGUGACAUAUAAAUCUACCACUGCGUUAAGGGAGGAAGAUUGCUGUGGUAUUUGUCUCCAGCAGCACGCAAGGAAACAGAUACUCUAUUUGCGUUGCCUAAGGCUGGCUCAGAGCCCUAAUGCUACCUUGUUAAGACAUUGAUGAACCAAAGUCAGGAAGUCAGGCUGUAGAGUUGGACUGCACAGGAGAUGAGUGUGGAUAAAUGGUAUUGUGCAAAUGGAACACAAGGUUAGAUUAAGUACAGAGAUGUACACUCAAAAUGGCCAUCAUUGAUUUCUGAGUGGGUGUUGGGCACAGUUUUCCCACAGUUCUCUAACUAUAUGUGGGUCUAUCGGCUCCAGGAGGUAUGGCUUACAUGACAGUUUAUGAGCAGGACAGGUUUUAUACAUUAUUGGUGUGAGAAAGGGGGAUAAAGAGUGGCGAAGGAGAAAGUUUCGCUGAGGCAUUGUGGCAUUAAAUGGGAGUUGGUUUGCGAGGUCAACAGCUUUGAAUCUCGGAAAGAGAAGGAGGAAAAGAAUGAGAGGGCGUUUACAAUGUGUUACCGGUAGUAGUAGGUAACAAACCUUGAAACAGAUUGAUUACGGAUAUAUCUCCUGACAUAUCGGACAGUGGAAACGACACCAUCAGACCUACCUAUACUAACUGCGAGAGUGGACUUCAAGGGCAUUUUGUUUAGUGUUAGAGGAUAUUCUGCUCAUCACUCUGCAUGUUGCGAGCUGACGCCGUCUUUGCCGUCGACAAAACACCAACAGUCUUAUCAUUUAAUGAACACUUUUGCCUAGUCAUCAUAUUUGCUGUUGUAUUGUCCAAACAAAGCCUUUCGGCAGAUGAAUUGAGUUUAAUCGUAUGGCAACAGUAUAUGCUCUAAUAAUUGCCAUUAUGCAAAUUGCUUACGACAAAACUACAAUAGCAGACACUUCAUCUUAGCUCACUCAUCCCAAGCCCAAACUAUGGCUCUAUCAAACCUCUAUUUAACCUUCAACAGGGUUGUGUUCAGUAGGCGCCAAACGAAAUAAUAAAAACAGGGAUUUGUCCAAUAAGAAACUCUCAUGUUUUCUCUUGCGUGCCUUAAUGAACAAGACCCAGGACUGGACACAGACAGCUAGAGCAGAAGAGCUAGCAGAGGUUUCUGUUCAUUAACUUCCCCCUAGUCUGACCUUUUAGAAACAAGCCAGGCCUCCUGAACCUGGAUACAGUCCACAGGAAGAACAGGACAUGACUAGAAUGGGAGAGUGUCUGACCAGAGAGUGAUUGGUUUAGUUUAGCGACUGCAAACCUACAGUGUAUCCAUUUAUUGCCACUAGCAACUAAAAAUCUAACAAAUACUACGUAAUUAAAGAUUUAAACACCAAAAUGAGGCCUGUCAGGACCAAGCAGGAUUACCAAUUAUGAAUGACAACUUGAGAUAGUAGUAAUUUCCGUAUAGCUGUGAGCUGUCUAGGAGUUGGGGUCAUGAAUUGGAAAAAUCUUGAAAUGUAUGUGAUAAUUCAGCUAUUCUUAUCUUUUUCAUCUCUCUCUUUUUGUAGACUCCUACCUGUACCCAGGGUUCCAGGGGCUGGUGUCGGACAAUGAAACAUUCAGACUAGGCCUGGACUUCCAGAGGAUGCUGAGGAUCAACCACAUGCUCUACAUCGCUGCCAGGUCAGUCAGCCAAUCCACUGUCUCCGUUCUGGUCCACAUGUUUACAGUCACAACCAAUAAAACAUCACAACCAGACUGACCAAACUAGGGUCUGUUUCCCGGACGCUGAAGCUUUUUCAAUGGAGAAUCCGGGAAACCAACCCUUAGUUUGCUUUUAUUUAUGAGACUGUGCACAGAAUACCGUGACACUAAAUCUUUAUCUUUACCCCACAGGGACCAUGUUUUUGCAGUAAACCUGACCACAGCUGAUGACGACUUCGUCCCCCAUCUGGUAAGUUACAUAAUCAAACACUCAAUCAAACCUCACAUGGCUAUGCAAGAUGGAAUAUAACAUUUAAAAAAAACAGGAACUAACAUGGCCAUGUGGUUUAUUACUGCACACUUUUGAUCUGCUUUUUAUCUUCUAAACACAGAAGUACCCAUAAUUUAUUUGCAAUAUGAAUUAUAUUUGUUUUUAGAAGUACCAUAGCCUGGCCUCUACUGAGUUUUCCUCACUAAUGGACUAGCCUGCAAGCAAUGGCCCUUAGCUUGGCUGCUCCCCCACAGUGGAGGACUCUCGAGCGUAACCCCAAUAUGGCAGGGGUCCAGUAAUUAUACCCAAAAACCCCUUUUCAUAUCAGCUUCCCAGAAAUAACUGCUCCUGAUGGGGUGGCGAAGUCAAGCGAAGCUCUCAGCAGGUAGACCCAAAGAUCACCCAAAGGUCACAGAGAGGCCUCUGACGGUUAUGGCCACACGAACACACUCUGCGAUUGUAUCAGGCUCUUUCAUGUAACUCUGUGUGUGGUGUGGUGGUGCUUGCUCUAGAGCAGGGGUGUCAAACAUACGGCCCGCGGGCCGGAUCCGGCAUUUGGGGGUCCAAUCCGGCCCGUGGGUGGUUUGAGUAAAAUAGAUAUAUAUACACUACCAGUCAAAAGUUUGGACACACCUACUCAUUCAAGGGUUUUUCUUUAUUUUUAAUAUUUUUUACAUUGUAGAAUAAUAGUGAAGACAUCAAAACUAUGAAAUAACACAUAUGGAAUCAUGUAGUAACCAAAAAAGUGUUAAAUAAAUCCAAAUAUAUUUUUGUGCAAACCUGGUGGCCAACUACAAGAAAUGUCUGACCUCUGUGAUUGCCAACAAGGGUUUUGCCACCAAGUACUAAGUCAUGUUUUGCAGAGGGGUCAAAUACUUGUUUCCCUCGUUAAAAUGCAAAUCAAUUUAUAACAUUUCUGACAUGUGUUUUUCUGGAUUAUUUUGUUGUUAUUCUGUCUCUCACUGUUCAAAUACACCUACCAUUAAAAUUAUAGACUGAUCAUGUCUUUGUCAGUGGGCAAACGUACAAAAUCAGCAGGGGAUCAAAUACUUUUUUCACUCACUGUGUAUGUGUAUAUAUAUAUAUAUAUAUAUAUAUACUGCUCAAAAAAAUAAAGGGAACACUAAAAUAACACAUCCUAGAUCUGAUUGAAUGAAAUAAUCUUAUUAAUUACUUUUUUCUUUACAUAGUUGAAUGUGCUGACAACAAAAUCACACAAAUUAUCAAUGGAAAUCAAAUUUAUCGACCCAUGGAGGUCUGGAUUUGGAGUCACCCUCAAAAUUAAAGUGGAAAACCACACUCCAGGCUGAUCCAACUUUGAUGUAAUGUCCUUAAAACAAGUCAAAAUGAGGCUCAGUAGUGUGUGUGGCCUCCACGUGCCUGUAUGACCUCCCUACAACGCCUGGGCAUGCUCCUGAUGAGGUGGCGGAUCUCCUCCCAGACCUGGACUAAAGCAUCCGCCAACUCCUGGACAGUCUGUGGUGCAACGUGGCGUUGGUGGAUGGAGCGAGACAUGAUGUCCCAGAUGUGCUCAAUUGGAUUCAGGUCUGGGGAACGGGCGGGCCAGUCCAUAGCAUCAAUGCCUUCCUCUUGCAGGAACUGCUGACACACUCCAGCCACAUGAGGUCUAGCAUUGUCUUGCAUUAGGAGGAACCCAGGGCCAACCGCACCAGCAUAUGGUCUCACAAGGGGUCUGAGGAUCUCAUCUCGGUACCUAAUGGCAGUCAGGCUACCUCUGGCGAGCACAUGGAGGGCUGUGCGACCCCCCAAAGAAAUGCCACCCCACACCAUGACUGACCCACCGCCAAACCGGUCAUGCUGGAGGAUGUUGCAGGCAGCAGAACGUUCUCCUCAGCGUCUCCAGACUCUGUCACGUCUGUCACAUGUGCUCAGUGUGAACCUGCUUUCAUCUGUGAAGAGCACAGGGCGCCAGUGGCGAAUUUGCCAAUCUUGGUCUUCUCUGGCAAAUGCCAAACGUCCUGCACGGUGUUGGGCUGUAAGCACAACCCCCACCUGUGGACGUCGGGCCCUCAUACCACCCUCAUGGAGUCUGUUUCUGACCGUUUGAGCAGACACAUGCACAUUUGUGGCCUGCUGGAGGUCAUUUUGCAGGGCUCUGGCAGUGCUCCUCCUGCUCCUCCUUGCACAAAGGUGGAGGUAGCAGUCCUGCUGCUGGGUUGUUGCCCUCCUACGACCUCCUCCACGUCUCCUGAUGUACUGGCCUGUCUCCUGGUAGCGCCUCCAUGCUCUGGACACUACGCUGACAGACACAGCAAACCUUCUUGCCACAGCUCGCAUUGAUGUGCCAUCCUGGAUGAGCUGCACUACCUGAGCCACUUGUGUGGGUUGUAGACUCCGUCUCAUGCUACCACUAGAGUGAAAGCACCGCCAGCAUUCAAAAGUGACCAAAACAUCAGCCAGGAAGCAUAGGAACUGAGAAGCGGUCUGUGGUCACCACCUGCAAAACCAGUCCUUUAUUGGGGGUGUCUUGCUAAUUGCCUAUAAUUUCCACCUGUUGUCUAUUCCAUUUGCACAACAGCAUGUGAAAUGUAUUGUCAAUCAGUGUUGCUUCCUAAGUGGACAGUUUGAUUUCACAGAAGUGUGAUUGACUUUGGAGUUACAUUGUGUUGUUUAAGUGUUCCCUUUAUUUUUUUGAGCAGUGUAUAUAUAUUUUUUAAUACUUUAAAAUGACUAAAAUCUAAUCGAAACUGUGUAGAAAUUAUAAUGGACCUACAUUCAUACAAUAAAGUACUAUUUUUUGCAAAUUGACGGCGAGGAAGUAUAACCAAUUUUCAAUGGGGCCCUCCAGACCUUAUUGAAGACCGAAUGCGGCCCCCGGGGCAAAAUGAGUUCGACACCCCUGGUCUAGAGCAUGGUGUGGUGUCAUAUUCUGUUUCCCCCCUUUCAUGUAUUGCAGAAGCUGACAUGGAGGUCCAAGGAUGUGGCCAAGUGUACCGUGAGGGGUAAAAACAGUGUGAGUGUCUAUCUACACCAUGUUCUAUGUGUGUCUACUUUAAGGUCAGGAGAGAACACACUAGCUACCGCUUUAUUUAUUUAUUUAUUUAUUUAUUAUUUUAUUUCACCUUUAUUUAACCAGGUAAGCCAGUUGAGAACAAGUUCUCAUUUACAACUGCGACCUGGCCAAGAUAAAGCAAAGAAGUGCGAUAAAAACAACAACAGAGAGUUACAUAUGUUCUUCAAUGGUAGAAUCGACUCUCCCUAGCAACAUAAGUGCACCCUGUAACGUAAUUCAAAGGCUCCGUAAUGCUCUUGUGAUAUCUAGUAAUGCAUCAGUGCUAUUUUAAUAUGGCCGCCUGUUCUUAUUCCAACUGUAUCUAUAGUGCAUGAGUUCCCAAUGAUACUGAAUGAGCCUGUGUGUUUUUCCAGGAUGAGUGCUACAACUAUGUCAAAGUGCUGGUACCGCGGAACGAUGAGACCCUGUUUGCUUGCGGCACUAAUGCCUUCAACCCCACCUGCCGCAACUACAAGGUAUAUGCGUGUGUGUGAGUCUAGGUGUUGAUGUGUGCUGUUCAUUUCUUUCAUUAAACCUUUAGAUUCGAGAGAGCCAUGAUUUUACAUUUGUUAAUGUCACCCCAAUUAGAAAGCUGUGAUUGCUGAUUGGCGGACAUGCAGAGACAACGAGCUAGUCAUUAUCACAAUGCCACAAUUUCAGUCUUUAUUCACUCUUGAGUGCUAAGCCUUUUGUGUGUUCAAUCCUCUUGCAUUGACAAGGUAUAAUUGCUUCCAGAGCAGUCGGUUUGUUCACUCAUGACUCAAAAUUGAAUAAAAGUCCAUAUGACAUUGCAAAUUCACCUGUUUUUCACAUUCAAUACAAUUACCAAUACAAUUUGCAUACAUACAAUAGUGUGAAGUUAUGUUGAAAAGGCAAGAAAGAUGACUUGUCAUUUAGCAUUAGAAACGACAAGUAAUUGGAGCUCAUUGAAGGCAGAGUGAGGUGAAGCCACCCAGACAGAUGUUGUUUUGUUUUUCCUAGCACUCGUGUGUGUGUGUGUGUGUGUGUGUGUGUGUGUGUGUGUGUGUGUGUGUGUGUGAAUCUGUGUGGGAGCAGGGAGUCCAACUCCUGCUUAGCCACAAAUAGGAGAUUGUCCCAAGAGGGACUGGAGAGGCAGCCAGGUAAUUUAUGAGCGCUAGCGAGGGGCUAAACGUCCACAGCCGUGCUAGCAAUAGGAAUGGCUGUGUUAGCAAUUCAGCUAAUGUUGCAGCGGAGGUAUAGGGGUUAAGGUGUUCGUGCAGUGCUGGUUUCAGUCCAUGCCCAGAGCCAUAAUGGUGACAGAGAACUAACAGUCUCCUCUCGUUCCCACAGAUGACCACCCUGGAGCAGGUUGGCGAAGAGGUGGUGGGUCAGGCGCGCUGUCCCUUCGAGUCGGGCCAAUCCAACCUCGGCCUCUUUGCUGGUGAGUGGCUCAAUUUGUAAAUGUAGAAUUUGAAAUGUAAAUUGUUCUGCCCAUAGUCCAUUAGCAAUAAAAUGUAUUCCAAAGGCUGAAUGUAAGAGCUUUUAGGCAGGUCUAGAUGGAAGUCUUAUGGCUAAAUCUAUUAGUCAUAAAAGUCUGUACCUAGCUUAUAAUAAAUAUUAGCUUGAUCAGUUGAGCAUUUUUAUAGCAUUAUUUAAGAUGUGUUUCAUAUGAAUUGGUAAAUAGAUAUGACAUUAACUUCUCUUUAUAUAAAGCUUAACCAUAUUAAUGAUAUUAUCUUACUAUGACUUGCUGUAUUACUACUAUACUAUCUUACUUAUUAAUUACUAUAUUUUCUAUACUUACUUUAUUUUUCAGGCGGUGAUUUCUACUCUGCCACCAUGACCGAUUUCUUGGCCAGCGACGCUGUCAUCUACCGUAGUCUUGGCGACGACAGCCCCGUCCUGCGGACUGUCAAGUACGACUCCAAGUGGCUCCGAGGUUGGUCAUAUGACUUUUGUGUCUAUCAGUGUCCUGGUUGGGGAUGUGUAGCUCUUUCAGCCCAGUACCGAGACACCCGAUUCAACUAAUAAAUGCGUCAUCAAGUCCUUAAUUAGUAGAAUCAGGUGUUAUGGUUGGAGCAAAUGCCUGAACAGCAGUGACUCCAUCUCUGGUAGAUACAGAUACACCCCAGAAAAUUAUGACUCACCAUAAUGACUUUAAUUCAAUCUCAACUCUCACUUUUCUCCUGUGUGUGUCUCCUUGCCUCCCCAGAGCCCCAUUUCCACCAUGCGAUCGAGUAUGGGAAUUAUGUGUACUUCUUCCUCAGUGAGAUUGCAGUGGAGUACACCACCCUGGGCAAGGUAAGAGGGUGUCACUGAUAGAACCCCAGAUUGAUGUAUGACAGGGGUGAGUGGAUGGAACAUAAUUAUAAUAAUUUGUACUCUGCAAAUUGACCACAACUAAGCCCCAAAAGAAAAUAACUAUCAUUUCAAACCUUGAUUACAUUGAGACACGAUCACAUGUCUCUUUUUUUAUUUGUGGGAAUACUUGGGAACAAAUUUCCUAAAUUAAUCAAAAUUUUAGCUGAAUUCCUGGUGAUCUUUUUUUUGUCUUCAAAAAUGAAAAUCCUAGGGCCUCCCGAGUGGCGCAGCGGUCUAAGGCACUGCAUCGCAGUGCUAGAGGUAUCACAACCGGCCGUAAACGGGAGUCCCAUAGGGCGGCGCACAAUUGGCCCAGCGUAGUCCGGGUUAGGGGAGGGUUUGGCCGGGGGGCUUUACUUGCCUCAUCGCGCUCUAGCAACUCCUUGUGGUGGGCCGGGCGCCAGCAGGCUGACCUCGGUCGUCAGCUGAAUGGUGUUUCCUCCGACACAUUGGUGCGGCUGGCUUCCAGGUUAAGCGGGCUGGUGUUAAGAAGCGCGGUAAGGCGGGACAUGUUUCGGAGAACGCAUGACUCGACCUUCGCCUCCUGAGCGCUUUGGGGAGUUGCAGCGAUGAGACAAGAUCGAAAUUGGGGAGAAAAAGGGGGUAAAAUACAAAAACAAAACAGAUGUUCUAUGUACUCUUAUCAUAUGUAUCAUGACUAGUUGAGAUGGGUAAUUGAUUUAUUCUGAAAAGAUGAAAGCACCACUAUGGUUGGACGUAGGAUAUGAGCUAUAAGGACAGGUCUGCAUCCUUAUGUCCCGGAACCACUGAGCUAUUAUGAAUGGGAAAUAACAUCCAUUUGUGGGGGUUGGUUUGGAGGUUAGAUAGGUGGAACUGCAACCAGAGGGUUGCUGAUUUGAAGUCCCAGGUGAAGCAAGUAUCGAGAAGUUGAAAAGCAAGGCUCUUAUUAACCCCAGACAGCCAGCACUGUGGCUGACCCUGUGCUGCUUCAAGCCUAUUAAGUUGUGUUUGUUGUCUCAGGGGGUCAGGAGAAGAGCGGCAAGGAUAAUAAAGCACUAUUCUAUUCUAUUCUAUUAUUUUCUGGUUUGGCUCCAAGGUGGUGUUCUCUCGCGUGGCGCGGGUGUGUAAGAACGACAACGGCGGCUCUCCUCGGGUGCUGGAGCGCUACUGGACUUCCUUCCUGAAGGCGCGGCUCAACUGCUCGGUGCCCGGUGACUCCUUCUUCUACUUCGAUGUGCUGCAGUCGCUUACCAACGUGCUACAAAUCAACCAGCGCCCCGCGGUGGUGGGAGUGUUCACUACGCAAGCUAACAGGUUAGCCUAGCGGUCAAGAAAGUAGUGGCAAAUGACUAGGCACUAUUCCAUCAAAGCCAAUAUCCAUACAUUUCUUAUACCCCUUUCAUACACAGACAAAGUUCCUAUGAUUUUACCAUGCCUGCUUCGUUUUAUCUGCUUCUUUGUAUAUCUGAAAGAGGUAGGGGGUAAAAAACAUGGAAAAUUAAAAUCCACCUGAAGACCUUGUCAUGAUUCCUGCAUUUCCAACUAUGUGUGAAUAGUUCUCUUUUUUGCAGGUAAAUUCAUUAACAAUUCCAUUGUUCAACACCUCCCUAAUUUGAAAUGCAAACAGCCCCCAUAUAGGUCUGGGCGAUAUGGCCUAAAAAUCAUAUAUACAUUAGAUUUUCUCUAAAUAAGCUUUGUUGCACAAAAAAAGGUCAAUACACUGCAUUUCAAACAGUCAGGAAUAAUCUAAUGAUUCAGGGCUUGUAAAAUUAUACCUAGGCUAAAUAUAAGCCUUCCACAACCAUAAGACCCAUUAUUUUAUCAAAAUAGUUUAACCUGCUUUUGUUUGCAAUAAUCACUGAUCUGGCUUUCAAGUCUGUCUACGAAAAUGCCCUUUUUGUUACAAAUUUUACCAGAACCAUACACAAUUCACAUCCACUAAUAAUGGCAAACUUCUUGUAGCAGGCAUUAUAGAAAAUGAACACAGGUCUCAUAAGCAAUCUCUCAAGCACAAGCCCAAGAGCUAGUGAGUAGCCAGUUAAUCUUUAUAUUUGAAGUCUAGCCAACUUGUAUCUAUUUGCUUGCUAACAAGGUAGAACAGUUGAACUGUUAUGAAUACACCCUCCUGUCCAUCUCCAACUGUUUGAACUGUUCACUUUGUUUAGAUAUUGAAAUCAAGUGGCCUACCUGGAUAAGAUGCUUAUUUCUCAGAAUGAGAGUAGCCAAUUCCUUAUAUAAAUGUGUAUUUCUAUGCUCAUUGCACAUUUAUAGAACACAGACUAGAAAGCUAGCACAUAAGUCUGUUGCUAAAAUGUUACUAGCGGUACAUGGUACCGCAAUGCCGCGCACAACAGAAACUGAGCAUACAUUUUCCACAAUCAAGUUCAUUGAUACUCUCGUUUUAGUAGGGUCUUAUCUGUUUUACAUUUUGGGAGUUGAGACAUAAAAAGGUGUUCGUUAGAAUGGUUAAGUUCUCGUCUAUUACAAUAAAAUAAUGUCUGUAAUCGGUGUCCAUGUGACCUAUUCUGUUGGACCAAACCUAAAAUGCAAAUAGCAAGUUUAAACUGAUUGUUGAGAGAGAGGAAGAAGUAAUAUUUUGUAUUUUGUUGUAGUGAGUGGCAGGGGGAGGGGUUUGGUGUCUGCGUACGAGUGGGAAGGUGCACUGUGCACACAGCACAGAAUGAGCGAAGGAGGCGAGACCAAAAAGACAGAACGCUAAUAAAAACGAAACUAAAAACCUAGAGGCAUUUGGAACAUCGCACUAAAACAUACAGUACCGGUCAAAAGUUUGGACACACCUACACAUUCAAGGGUUUUUCUUUAUUUUAACUAUUUUUCUAAAUCAUCAUAGCGCUUGAUGGUUUUUGUGACUGCACUUGAAGAAACUUUCAAAGUUCUUGACAUUUUCCGUAUUGACUGACCUUCAUGUCAUAAAGUAAUGGGCUGCCGUUUCUCUUUGCUUAUUUGAGCUGUUCUUGCCAUAAUAUGGACUUGGUCUUUUACCAAAUAGGGCUGUCUUCUGUAUACCACCCCUACCAACACAACAGAUUGGCUCAAACGCAUUAAGAAGGAAAGAAAUUCCACAAAUUAACUUUUAAGAAGGCACUUCACCUGCAUUCCAGCUGACUACCUCGUGAAGCUGGUUGAGAGAAUGCCAACCGUGUGCAAAGCUAUCAUCAAGGCAAAGGGUGGCUACUUUGAAGAAUCUAAAAUCUAUUUAGAUUUGUUUAACACUUUUUUGGUUACUACAUGAUUCCAUAUGUGUUAUUUCAUAGUUUUGAUGUCUUCACUAUUAUUCUACAAUGUAGAAAAUAGUACAAAUAAAGAAAAACCGUGGAAUGAGUAGGUGUGACCAAACCUUUGACUGGUACUGUACAUUCAAAUUAAUUUGAUAUACAGUAUAGCCCAGCCCUACCCCCAUGGUUUAAGUACAUCCCCCACCCCUCCUAAUUUGCCAGUUACCCACUGGGGGGUCAUAGAAGGGGGUCAUAGAAACAUUGCCUUAUACAGAUUUACAGGUAAUACACCACAUCUUCUGUCUGAAAUGGGUAUUACACUGCAAGAAUAUGCAACAUCACUUAAACUGGAAAAACAGGAUAUUCACUCACACACUGGACCGCCUUACUUGCGGCACAGGAACAUUUUAGUUUUACCUCAAACGUCUUGAUAUUGAUUUGAAAUAAUACAGAGCUCUACACUCACCAGAUAGAAAUCGGAAAACAUUUGUUUCACCUUGUUUGACCAGCCAACCAUGUUUCAACCAACCUUUUCAAUAACUCAAUCUCAUGAGGCUCUUUUUUUAACACGCUCUUUGUGUCUGUCUCCCUCGUCAGUAUCCCUGGCUCAGCCGUGUGUGCCUUCUACAUGGACGACAUCGAGAAGGCCUUCAAUGGGAAGUUUAAGGAGCAGAAGACCAGUGACUCAGCCUGGACCCCGGUACCAGAAGAACAGGUGCCCAAGCCCAGGUAUGAGACUGCCCUCUGAAGGGGGGAAACACUAGCCUACAUAUGACCAGGCAUGACAACGACCUUAUGAGUUGACCAUACAGCACCAACAGAUCUGGGACCAGCUAGGCUAACACAGUGCACACCCAUGUUUUGUUUGAAUAAGAGUUGCCAAAUUUAAUUUCUCGAAUCUCUUUCUUCUUUCUACUUCAGGCCUGGUUCCUGUGCCGGUGACGGCCCGGCCUCGGCCUACAAGUCGUCCACCACCUUCCCCGACGACACGCUGACCUUCAUCAAGUCUUACCCUCUGAUGGACGAGGCGGUGCCCUCCGUCAACGACCGGCCCUGCUUCACCCGCACCACAAGCAGGUGCUGUAGGGCAGUACCAUACCAUACAAUAUAACUACAGUGAGGGAAAAAAGUAUUUGAUCCACCUUAAUGACUUGGAGAAGAUCUGCAAAGAGGAGUGGGACAAAAUCCCUCCUGUAAUGUGUGCAAACCUGGUGGCCAACUACAAGAAACGUCUGACCUCUGAUUGCCAACAAGGGUUUUGCCACCAAGUCAUGUUUUGCAGAUGGGUCAAAUACUUAUUUCCCUCAUUAAAAUGCAAAUCAAUUUAUAACAUUUUUGACAUGCGUUUUUCUAGAUUUUUUGUUGUUAUUCUGUCUCUCACUGUUCAAAUAAACCUACCAUUAAAAUUAUAGACUGAUCAUGUCUUUGUCAGUGGGCAAAUGUACAAAAUCAGCAGGGGAUCAAAUACCUUUUUCCCUCAUUGUAUUUAUCUUUGUGUGGACAAACGGCAACAUAGACAAAUAUACAUUAUCAGCAGUAUAGAAAAUGGCAGCAAUAGUUUAGUGCAAUGUACAGUAAAUCAAAUUAGUCAAUGAAAGACACUUUACUCAAACCAGGCAACUGGAGUUCUCGCUCAGAAACUAAACCCAGAAAUUGCCUCAGCCUAGCUACUCUAUUUGACCGGAGACUGUGGCUUCAUCCACAAAGCUUGACAUUUACUGGCGGUGCAGAGGUGUUUGAGUCUGCCUGCCGUACCCCCUGGGUGCACUGCCUGCUGCUUCUCACCACAGAAAGCUGAUGUGAUACUCUGGUAAAUGACAACAGAAGCCAGGGGGGCACGGGGAACGUGUUAUUUCACACUGCUCUAAACAUCCUGAGACUGAAGUCCUAGUGAAGUCAUGGAAAUAUUGGAGAUAAAAUGGGGUUUAAAUCAUAGGAUGUUCUCAUCAAGUGUGUUGCAUUCAUGAACCUGAGGAAAUAAUGUUUUAUAGCAUAAUUAUUAUUAAACUGAAAAUGACAGUGGUUAUGCUUCAGUCUUUAGCAGCCAGUUGAGAUGACUGGCGUUAGAUAUGCACAUGUAAACACACGAAGAUAAGAACAUUCUGGAGACAAUCAUGGUUCAUUUACAAAACCUUCCUUGACAGCUGUUAUGCUGCUAGGCAACCAACACAAGCCAUUCGGGAAAGUGCUAAAUCUCGCCCAGAAAGUAGCCUAAAGCAGAAGUGAAUUUUCAGCCCAGCGGUGCUUCUGUCGUCCCCAUUUCAGUGUACUCGCCACUCCAUUUUUUGGUGCACAGAAAAUUACAAAAUCAUGUGGGUUAAAAUCAGGAAAAGCACAAAAAAGGCUGAACAAUAAUAGCUUUUUUAAGGGAUGAAAAAUUGUUCAUUUUUAACCCUAUGUUGACCUGUGUCUCAAUGCCAGUCAUAGCGGUUCACUUGUUCUGGAUGACUGACCCAUUAUGGCUGAUGGGUUACCAGUUCCGGAUGUACAAUCCGCGCUAACUGUGUUUUUCCCUUCUCCAGGUACAAGCUGACUCAGAUUGCGGUGGACACCUCUGCCGGGCCGUCUAAGGACCGCACUGUGGUCUUCCUGGGCUCGGAGGAUGGCAGGGUCCUGAAGGUGUUGUCCAGCACUCAUCCUAAUGCCUCCUUUGGCUCCCAGCUCCUGGAGGACAUAGAUGUCUAUAACCCCUCAAUGUGAGCACAGACCCUCUAAGUCAGUCUAUAACCCCUCUUAAGCGAGUGUGUAACCACGUUUGAAUAGGUCGUAUUUACACAGGCGUAGUAAAAGCAAAAGUUGGUAAUGGCAUGAAAACCUGACUGUUGUAUAAGCGUCCCAUUGUGACAGUACUGUAAUAUCAGCCUGGAAUAUCUCCAAAUGAAUGUCUGUACCUGCUUCAAAGCUGUAACCUACAUUAUAAUGUUGUUACUCCCACCAAAUGGUCAAAAUCUUUACUAAGGUAGUUCACAGGCAGAGUAAUUGUAUUUUACACACUAUAUUAGGGGUUCAAAUGGUAUAUCAACUUCCUAAAUGAACAUUUCUUACAGAGAGAGCCUUUAAAUGGGGCUCCCAUUUCUAUCUGUGACUGAUUCGUUGUACUGUGUUUCACGUGUCUAUAGUCUAACUCUGAUCCUUUAGUAUGGUUGUGCUGUAAGUGUUCUCACGUGUCAUGCGACCAUGUUUUCCCACAGGUGUAACAUUCAGGGGCAGCAGGACCGGAGGAUUCUGGGAAUGGAGCUGGAUAAGGACCAUCAUGCCUUGUUCGUGGCCUUCACCAGCUGUGUCAUCAGAGUACCACUCAGCCGCUGCACUGAGCACGGCGCCUGUAAAAAGUGAGUUACAACAAGGCGGAAACAAUUGUGUGAAAAUACACAUAGGAGGAUAUACAGUCGUGGUCAAAAGUUUUGAGAAUGACACAAAUAUUAAUUUUCACAAAGUCUGCUGCCUCAGUUUUUAUGAUGGCAAUUUGCAUAUUCUCCAGAAUGUUAUGAAGAGUGAUCAGAUGAAUUGCAAUUAAUUGCAAAGUCCCUCUUUGCCAUGAAAAUGAACUUAAUCCCCAAAAAACAUUUCCACUGCAUUUCAGCCCUGCCACAAAAGGACCAGCUGACAUCAUGUCAGUGAUUCUCUCAUUAACACAGGUGAGAGUGUUGACGAGGACAAGGCUGGAGAUCACUCUGUCGUGCUGAUUGAGUUAGAAUAACAGACUGGAAGCUUUAAAAGGAGGGUGGUGCUUGAAAUCAUUGUUCCUCCUCUGUUAACCAUGGUUAUCUGCAAGGAAACACGUGCCGUUAUCAUUUCUUUACACAAAAGGGCUUCACAGGCAAGGAUAUUGCUGCUAGUAAGAUUGCACCUAAAUCAACCAUUUAUCGGAUCAUCAAGAACUUCAAGGAGAGAGGUUCAAUUGUUGUGAAGAAGGCUUCAGGGCGCCCAAGAAAGUCCAGCAAGCGCCAGGACCAUCUCCUAAAGUUGAUUCAGCUGCGGGAUCGGGGCACCACCAGUGCAGAGCUUGAUCAGGAAUGGCAGCAGGCAGGUGUGAGUGCAUCUGCACGCACAGUGAGGUGAAUACUUUUGGAGGAUGGCCUGGUGUCAAGAAGGGCAGCGAGGAAGCCACUUCUCUUCAGGAAAAACAGGGACAGACUGAUAUUCUACAAAAGGUACAGGGAUUGGACUGCUGAGGACUAGGGUAAAGUCAUUUUCUCUGAUGAAUCCCCUUUCCGAUUGUUUGGGGCAUCCGGGAAAAAAACCUUGUCCGGAGAAGACAAGGCGAGCGCUACCAUCAGUCCUGUGUCAUGCCAACAGUAAAGCAUCCUGAGACCAUGUGUGGGGUUGCUUCUCAGCCAAGGGAGUGGGCUCACUCACAAUUUUGCCUAAGAACACAGCCAUGAAUAAAGAAUGGUACCAACACAUCAUCCGAGAGCAACUUCUCCCAACCAUCCAAGAACAGUUUGGUGACAAACAAUGCCUUUUCCAGCAUGAUGGAGCACCUUGCCAUAAGGCAAAAGUGAUAACUAAGUGGCUCGGGGAACAAAACAUCGACAUUUUGGGUCCAUGGCCAGGAAACUCCUCAGACCUUAAUCCCAUUGAGAACUUGUGGUCAAUCCUCAAGAGGCAGGUGGACAAACAAAAACCCACAGAUUCUGACAAACUCCAAGCAUUGAUUAUGCAAGAAUGGGCUGCCAUCAUUCAGGAUGUGGCCCAGAAGUUAAUUGACAGCAUGCCAGGGCGGAUUGCAGAGGUCUAGAAAAAGAAGGGUCAACACUGCAAAUAUUGACUCUUUGCAUAAACUUAAUGUAAUUGUCAAUAAAAGCCUUUGACACGUAUGUAAUGCUUGUAAUUAUACUUCAGUAUACCAUAGUAACAUCUGACAAAAAUAUCUAAAAACACUGAAGCAGCAAACUUUGUGAAGACCAAUACUUGUGUCAUUCUCAAAACUUUUGACCACGACUGUACAAUAUUGUUAGGGCUGAGCUUUCCCUGACUACGUCACCUGACCUGGAAAAAAUGGGGCCGACAUUUUUUUGUGCUUUUGCACUGUUCAAAAUCGUUUGCUCAGUUGUGUUAUAACAAAUACUUAGUCUCUGUAUACCAAGCUCUUUAAAUGUCAAUUUGUGGUCAAUUGAUUUCAGUAUCAACAAAUAUUUAUAUUUGUUCUAGUCAUUUGUCAGAAAAUUGAGCAAGAGAGAACAGGGAAGCCAUGAGGAAAUUACCAAAUUGUCCAAAUGUAUUUGGCACAGCUUCUAAAAGAGCCUGUUUGCAUAUUUUGGCAAACAACCAAGACAUAAAAAAUGGGCGCUUAAUUGCCCGUAUAAUCAAUAUUUUAACAGCCUGUAAAUGUUUGGGAAAUUUUUCAGGAUAUCAUCAGCACAGAAUACCACAUCAAGAAUAUCAUUAGAGUUGACUGAUCCUGCCAUUGGAAUUUAUCAACAUUCAAACACCAACAAAAAAACUCACUGCCUCCUUCAUAGUCUGACACACACUCGCAUGCACACGAACACAGUCUGGGUCAGCCUACAAUACCUUUUGAGAGGCCAUGUGCAAAAUCUCCUACUGGUGGGACGUGAGGGAGGCAGGGGUUCAUGUAAACAUAGAGCACUGAUUGACAAGUGAGAGAUCCAAAGGAGACAACCCCCUCUCUUCCUCCUUCCCUAGGCGAGUGUAUGACAGUCCCCCCCUCCCCUCUCCCUUCUUCCCCCCUCGGAGCUCCAACUCAGUCCCCGUUGUCCUGGCUGUCAGUGUGUCACCCCGGCUGGGGGAGAGAGACUGAGGGGCACCUGUCACUAAGAUAACAGGCUUCACUCCUCCAGGCUGGCAGUCAUGGCACACACACGUAUAAAUAUUUCGAAACAGAUGCACACACCUGUCCUCUGAGGUCUUUCACAGGCAUACUUGUCAUCUUGGAGAAUGAGCUAAAACACACACUCAGACACUGUCAGACACAUUCACCUAUCUGUGUUCACACACAGGCCAGCCAGUCUCGCUCUGCAGACACCAGAUGGGGAAUAGCCCCAACAGAACACGCUCAACUAGACCGCAGCAGUGUCCUUGCCUCAAGUGUGUGUGUGUGUGUGUGUGUGUGUGUGUGUGUGUGUGGCUUGUCACUGUGUCAAAGUAGACACAGUCGGGCGCCCAUUGCCCGCACACCAAGGAGGGAUUUAACCACCUCUUGCCUUGUCAUUUUCUAGGAGUUGUCUGUCCUCUCGCGACCCAUACUGCAUCUGGCUCCGGACUGGGAGCUGUGCCAACAUGGCGCCAGGGUUCAAGUAAGUGUCACUUUCCUUCCUGUCGCGCUGAAAGGCAUCAAUCUGAAAGGUAAUAAAGGUUUGAGAGCGUGAUCGUAUAUCUGCCAUCAGUAUUGGCCCCCAUAAAAUCUCAAACUCUUUGGAAGUCAUAUUAAGGAAGAAUGUAUUGAGUGAGUGACAUCAUUGUACUGCAGAUGAGGACCGCUCUUCAAAGAUGAGUUUUCCCGCUAGUCCGUUUCUUUAUACCAGCAAAUUAUACACUCUGGGACUCUGUACAGUGUAUGCUAAUAUGCAUCCAUUUGUUUCUUUAUAUCUGCUGGCUUUGGGCCAGUUUCCACUUUUGCAAUGCACUUUAAGUGAAAGGAACAAUCAACCACUUGACCCACAAUGGCUUGAGUCCAUUUAUUUAUUUAUGAGCCGACAGAUUCUGCAAUCUCUCAGGAAUAAAACAAAUUAGUCACCCCCAGACCUCCUGAAAAUGAAAAGAGUCUCUUCAAUUCUCUGGAACAUAGGAAAUGACUGAACAACUGAUGGGUUGCCAUCGAUCAGUUCUCAUGAACUGAAGAGGGGUCAUUUGACACUGUGACUCAUGAUCAUUGCUCUCCAGUGCUAUGGAAAAGGCUGCUGUGUAAGGGCUUACUGUGAUUCACUUGGCCAUGCCACCAGUUAACUUUGUUCCACAACCCCACCCAUUCCCUAGCAGUGAUUCCCCAUCCUGCUUGUGGUUUCUGUCCCGGCCUAGUGCCAUCACACCCGAUUCAACAAAUCAAACAAAUUGUCAACGCUUUGAUUAGCUGUAUCCGGUGUUUCACUGCAGAGUCGGGGACAAAAACCAGCAGUACUGCGGCUCUGCAUGAGUAGGUUUGAGGAUCACUGAGGCCUAGCAGUUCUCCCCCUUUGGUGAAGUGGUGCUAAAGAACAAGGUUGUGGCUCACACCUACUCUCACACCUCUCUGUUGGCGAGCUGCCAAAGUGGGUCCCCAUCACUCUCCUCCCUCUCCUGUCUCCUCUCCCACUCUUUUGCCUGCCGUUCUUUCGCUGAUAUGUGACAUCCCCCUAAAUCUCCCAGAGUGUCGAGGGGAAAAAAAGCAAAGGUCUUAGUAUUGUGGAACCAAGGAGAAUAGCGGAAAGCAGUCGGUCUGUUUGAACUGCUUCAGAAUUGAGUUUCCAUCCUGUGACUUUCGACGUGGCGCUUCCAGGAUUGGCGGUUUAGCGCGAUUUGUCAUGCUGUGUCCGCAGUAGAAGGCCUUGAUUGAAUCUUUUAGAUGCUGAAAAAAGUAAUUUUGCUCUUUUAAAUGUAAUCGACAUGGAUUCAAUAGCACACACUGUAAUCUAUAUAGUUAUGGAAUUUGGAGGGAAACGUUUCAUGACAUUCCUCAUCCCAGGAGCACAGGAAUUGGUGGUUUAAGAUGGGGAUUCAUGAACUUUGAGAGACUAUUGCAAGUUCCAUGAAGUUCCACCUCCAAAAGUAUAAAUCUCAGUGAAAUAUCUCUGUUUUGGUUAGAGAUUUAGAGUUCAGUGGACAAGGAAAGUUUUUAGGGCUCAGAAAAUGUUCUAGAAACACCUUAUCCAGGACACUGUGGUUCAGCCACUUCCCUAAGAUGAGCAGCAGAUGGGCCUUGUUGUUGUGGCAGCGAGUCAGUGGUUUCCCUGGAGACGAAUGGGUGGAUCCAGAGGUGAAUGCGACAGACGUUUUGGCAGACCGGGCCAUCUUGCAAAAUGCUCCAAAGAGCUCCCAAGUGAGGCAACCGCCGAAAAACUAAAUGGAGCUGAAGUGCUUUGCCAGUCCCGAAACAACUCUGCAGCCUGGCCCGCCACUGUAUAAAAUAUGUUGUUUGUAUUCCUAAACUCAAACCUCUAUUUAGGCCUACUCCUAAACUGAAUCCUCUGUAUGUGGAUGUGAGUGGGUGUACCUACCUGUGACUGUUUACUUAUAUGUAGCUCAGCUGGUAGAGCACAGCGCUUGUAACGCCAAGGUAGUGGGUUCGAACCCCGGGACCACCCAUACACAAAAAAAUGUAUGCACGCAUGACUGUAAGUCGCUUUGGAUAAAAGCGUCUGCUAAAUGGCAUAUUAUGAUUUUUAAUUAGCAAGCAUUUGUAUAAAUAAAUAUCUACUUAAAUCAGUCUCACUAUGUCUGUAUGCAUCUCUGGUAGCUCAUUGUUUGCGAGUAUGCAACAUCAGUGAGACUAUUUCUGAGAAUUUGUCUUUUCAUAUCUAUGUCUCCUUUCCCCUCAUUCAUUGCUAGUAAAUAGAAGAGCUUUAAAGUGUCUGAGUGAGGGAAAUGAAUAGCACUCUCUCGCUCACGCAUCCCACACUUCUGAAAAUUGAUACAUGGAGAGCGAGUGAACGAGAAAGGUGGAGCGGAGCGAAAAAGCGAAAAUAAACAAAUGAACACUCCGCAGCUCAGAGACGGAAAGGGCUGGAGGGUGAAUGAGCGCCCGUUGGUGUCAGAAGUAGGAUCCAAUUUAUUCAUAUUCAUAAUAGACACUUGUGUGCCGCAUUCAAACCCCACUUUCCAUUAGCUUCCAGCCACUCUCUAAAUGUAUCUGGUUGUGUAUGGACCUUUCUCUCAUUCAUAGGCACGCUGCAUCUAAAUCUAUCGAUGGAUGUCUGUGCAAAUGGCAUGCACUGAUUGAAAAGUCCUAAUGAAAAUGAACACUGAAACCCCCUCUUCUCCUCCGUGGGUAGGAGGGGAGAAGGGCCCUAAAUACAGCCCCCAAUAGAUAGACCUGCACUUGUGUGUUUCACAUCCCUCAAAAGUGUUCUGGAAUAUAGUAGUCCUAUGUAGCUCAGUUGGUACAGCAUGGUGCUUGCAACACCAGGGUUGUGGGUUUGAUUCCCACGGGGGACUAGUACGAAAAAAAGUAAUGUCUGCACUCACUAUUGUAAGUCGCUCUGGAUAACAGCGUCAGCUAAAUGACGUAAAUGUAAAAUGAAAAUGCACAGGCAAAACACUGGGUCUGGCUACAUAUUUUGUUUGAAUAGGGUCUGGAUUAUGACCUUGGCUUUAGUCAUUGUUGUCUUUUUCUCCUAACUGAUGCAGGCUGUCCUGGCCACUUCUGCUCCCCCUGUCACCUGAUAGGAAGGUUAUCAUCUGACCUUUAUCAGCCGUGACGCUGGUUUCUAAUUUGGACAGCGUACAAGGGGAGAACAGACCAACUUUGUUAGGGUGCCAGCAAACUGGAUGUUCUCUCCAUUCGUGGCAUUUUCCUGAUUCACCCACCUUGUCUGUGGAUGGUGAUGUCAUAGGCAUUUGCAGGAUGUCUCUCAGGUUGUGAAUGUACUGGCUAAGAAAAAUAUUCUCUCAUCGACGACUGGCAGGUUGGGCAAGUUCUGUAUGGCUCUAAAUGGGCUUCGAUCUGUGGGUGAAUGACCAGGUCCCAAUUACUGUUGGGUAGGUGGUAGCUUGUGGCAGCAAAGAGGAAAUUGUGAUGAACCUCCUUUUUUACUCUCGUUCUCUCGUUCUCUCUCCAGGGCUGGCUUUGAGCAGGACAUCGAGGGAGACCACUCACUGCACCCUGAGAACUGCCAUGGUGAGCUAUCAUCAGCAACAGGCUGAUAGCAGGCCAAUCAUCUAAAUAUAAGCCCUGUAAAAAGAGGGUAUAUUCCUUCAUGGAAGUACAGUGCAUUCGGAAAAAAUUCAGACCCUUCCCCUUUUCCACAUUUUGUUACGUUACAGCUUUAUUCUAAAAUGGAUUCAAAAAAUAAUAAUCUUCAUCAAUCUACACACAAUACCCCAUAAUGAAAAAGCAAAAACAGGUUUUUAGAAAUGUUUGCAAAUGUAUUAAAAAUAAUAAAAAUAUAAACUUAUUUAGUCCCUUUGAUAUGAGACUCGAAAUUGAGUUCAUGUGGAUCCUGUUUCCAUUGAUCAUCAUUGAGAUGUUUCUACAACUUGAUUGGAGUCCACCUGUGGUAAAUUCAAUUAAUUGGACAUGAUUUGGAAAGGCACACACCUGUCUAUAUAAGGUUCCACAGUUGACAGUGCAUGUCAGAGCAAAACCCAAGCCAUUAGGUCGAAGAAAUUGUCCGUAGAGCUCCGAGACAGGAUUGUGUCGGCACAGAUCUGGGGAAGGGUACCAAAACAUUUAUGCAGCAUUGAAGGUCCCCAAGAACACGGUGGCCUCCAUCAUUCUUAAAUGGAAGAAAUUUGGAACCACCAAGACUCUUCCUAGAGCUGGCCACCCAGCCAAACUCAGCAAUGGGGGGAGAAGGGCGUUGGUCAGGGAGGUGACCAAGAACCCGAUGGUCACUCUGACAGAGCUCCAGAGUUCCUCUGUGGAGAUGGGAGAACCUUUCAGAAGGUCAACCAUCUCUGCAGUACUCCACCAAUCAGGCCUUUAUGGUAGAGUUGCCAGAAGGAAGCCACUCCUCAGUAAAAGGCACAUGACAGCCCGCUUGGAGUUUGCCAAAAGGCACCUAAAGGACUCUCAGACCAUGAGAAACAAGAUUCUCUGGUCUGAUGAAACCAAGAUUGAACUCUUUGGCCUGAACGCCAAGCAUCACGUCUCGAGGAAACCUGGCACCAUCCCUACAGUGAAGCAUGGUGGUGGCAGCAUCAUGCUAUGGGGAUGUUUUUCAGCGGCAGGGACUGGGAGAUUAGUCAGGAUCGAGGGAAAGAUGAACGGAGCAAAGUACAGAGAGAUCCUUGAUGAAAACACAGCCAAGACAACGCAGGAGUGGCUUCGGGACAAGUCUCUGAAUGUCCUUGAGUGGAACAACCAGCGCCCGGACUUGAAACCGAUCUAACAUCUCUUGAGAGACCUGAAAGUAGCUGUGCAGCAACGCUCCCCAUCCAACCUGACAGAGCUGGAGAGGAUCUGCAGAGAAGAAUGGGAGAAACUCCCCAAAUACAGGUGUGCCAAGCUUGUAGCAUCAUACCCAAGAAGACUAAAGGCUGUAAUCGCUGCCAAAGGUGCUUCAACAAAGUACUGAGUAAAGGGUCUGAAUAUUUAUGUUUAUGUAAAGGUGACCCGAUCCUGUAGGUUCAUGCUCUACAACAUUCGCAGAGUACGACUCUGCCUUACACAGGAAGCGGCACAGGUCCUAAUCCAGGCACUUGUCAUCUCCCGUCUGGAUUAGUGCAACUCGCUGUUGGCUGGGCUCCCUUCCUGUGCCAUUAAACCCCUACAACUCAUCCAGAACGCCGCAGUCCGUCUGGUGUUCAACCUUCCCAAGUUUUCUCACGUCACCCCGCUCCUCCGCACACUCCACUGGCUUCCAGUUGAAGCUCGCAUCUGCUACAAGACCAUGGUACUUGCCUACAGAGCUGUGAGGGGAACGGCACCCCCGUACCUUCAGGCUCGGAUCAGUCCCUACACCCAAACGAGGGCAUUGCGUUCAUCCACCUCUGGCCUGCUGGCCCCCCUACCUCUGCGGAAGCACAGUUCCCGCUCAGCCCAGUCAAAACUGUUCGCUGCUCUGGCACCCCAAUGGUGGAACAAGCUCCCUCACGACGCCAGGACAGCGUAGUCACUCACCACCUUCCGGAGACACUUGAAACCCCACCUCUUUAAGGAAUACCUGGGAUAGGAUAAAGUAAUUAUUCUACUCCCCCUUAACCCCACCCCCCCCCCCCCCCCCCCCCCCCCCCCCCAAAAAAAAAAAAAAUAAUAUAUAUAUAUAUAUAUAUACAGUGAGGGGAAAAAAGUAUUUGAUCCCCUACUGAUUUUGUACGUUUGCCCACUGACAAAGAAAUGAUCAGUCUAUAAUUUUAAUGGUAGGUUUAUUUGAACAGUGAGAGAUAGAAUAACAACAAAAUAAUCCAGAAAAGCGCAUGUAAAAAAAAAUAUAAAUUGAUUUGCAUUUUAAUGAGGGAAAUACGUAUUUGACCCCUCUGCAAAACAUGACUUAAUACUUGGUGGCAAAACCCUUGUUGGCAAUCACAGAGGUCAGACAUUUCUUGUAGUUGGCCACCAGGUUUGCACACAUCUCAGGAGGGAUUUUGUCCCACUCCUCUUUGCAGAUCUUCUCCAAGUCAUUAAGGUUUCGAGCCUGACGUUUGGCAACUCAAACCUUCAGCUCCCUCCACAGAUUGUCUAUGGGAUUAAGGUCUGGAGACUGGCUAGGCCACUCCAGGACCUUAAUGUGCUUCUUCUUGAGCCACUCCUUUGUAGCCUUGGCCGUGUGUUUUGGGUCAUUGUCAUGCUGGAAUACCCAUCCACAACCCAUUUUCAAUGCCCUGGCUGAGGGAAGGAGGUUCUCACCCAAGAUUUUACGGUACAUGGCCCCGUCCAUCGUCCCUUUAAUGUGGUGAAGUUGUCCUGUCCCCUUAGCAGAAAAAUACCCCCAAAGCAUAAUGUUUACACCUCCAUGUUUGACGGUGGGGAUGGUGUUCUUGGGGUCAUAGGCAGCAUUCCUCCUCCUCCAAACACGGCGAGUUGAGUUGAUGCCAAAGAGCUCGAUUUUGGUCUCAUCUGACCACAACACUUUCACCCAGUUCUCCUCUGAAUCAUUCAGAUGUUCAUUGGCAAACUUCAGACGGGCAUGUAUAUGUGCUUUCUUGAGCAGGGGGACCUUGCGGGCGCUGCAGGAUUUCAGUCCUUCACGGCAUAGUGUGUUACCAAUUGUUUUCUUGGUGACUAUGGUCCCAGCUGCCUUUAGAUCAUUGACAAGAUCCUCCCGUGUAGUUCUGGGCUGAUUCCUCACCGUUCUCAUGAUCAUUGCAACUCCACGAGGUGAGAUCUUGCAUGGAGCCCCAGGCCGAGGGAGAUUGACAGUUCUUUUGUGUUUCUUCCAUUUGCGAAUAAUCGCACCAACUGUUGUCACCUUCUCACCAAGCUGCUUGGCGAUGGUCUUGUAGCCCAUUCCAGCCUUGUGUAGGUCUACAAUCUUGUCCCUGACAUCCUUUGAGAGCUCUUUGGUCUUGGCCAUGGUGGAGAGUUUGGAAUCUGAUUGAUUGAUUGCUUCUGUGGACAGGUGUCUUUUAUACAGGUAACAAGCUGAGAUUAGGAGCACUCCCUUUAAGAGUGUGCUCCUAACCUCAGCUCGUUACCUGUAUAAAAGACACCUGGGAGCCAGAAAUCUUUCUGAUUGAGAGGGGGUCAAAUACUUAUUUCCCUCAUUAAAAUGCAAAUCAAUUCAUAACACUUUUGACAUGUGUUUUUCUGGAUUUUUUUGUUGUUAUUCUGUCUCUCACUGUUCAAAUAAACCUAACAUUAAAAUUAUAGACUGAUCAUUUCUUUGUCAGUGGGCAAACGUACAAACUCAGCAGGGGAUCAAAUACUUUUUUCCCUCACUGUAUAUAUUGUAAAGUGGUUGUCCCACUGGCUAUCAUAAGGUGAAUGUACCAAUUUGUAAGUCGCUCUGGAUAAGAGCGUCUGCUAAAUGACGAAAAUGUAAAUGUAAAUGAUAUUUCAGUUUUUUUUUUAUCUGAUACAUUUGCAUAAAAAAAUUAGCUGUUUUUGCUUUGUCGUUAUGGGGUAUUGUGUGUGGAUUGAUGAGGGGGGAAAAAAACAAUUUAAUCCAUUUUAGAAUAAGGCUGUAACAAAAUGUGGAAAAAGUCAAGGUGUCUGAAUACAUUCCGAAUGCACUGUACAUGGAAGAAUGGGUUUCACAGGCUACCAUGGUGUUAUAACAAAUACCUCCUCCCCUUUUGUUUGAUCUGUUAUGCAUUUAAUUGAUGUAGCAAUGUUUCAUUUGCUACCUGUCAAUCUGCCAGCUAACAUUUAAGUGGUAUGUUCUUAAGGUACACACGAAGGUUCUAUCAACAAGGUUACAUACUGCAUACACAUUUAUAUGCUACACUGCACAUUUAUAUAAGGUGGAUUACAGUACAAGAAUAUGAAGAGAAAAGUAUAUUUGGGGAGAAAACGGCACAUCUAAAAAAUAUUUUAUGACACUUGAAUCCACAAUUGGGUCACAGUUUGGAAAUAUCUAGAGCAGCCCAACCUACUUGCAUUUCAUGUCACGCUGCCGCAAAAACUCAUUUGUUUUCUUAUGUCUUUGUGAGCAGUAUUGUAAUUCACGCCGUCUUUUGUUUUCGGUAGUAAUGCUUUGUUUUGCUCCCAACAGCAGAUGUACUGGCGACCACGCGAAACCAGAACUCCGCGGCAGACUUAGCCUACGGUCAGUUUCCAUUUCUCUCCCAGUCUCUGUCCCUCCUUUCUCCCUGUGUUGCGUUCCAAUUUGUUUUAUUGCAGUAUGACUGUGAGCAUAAACACUUUGAAUUAAGUUACAUGCAAUGACUUUGCAUUAUCUAUUGGCAAUUUUGUGGUUUCACUUAAGGUUUCACACUAGACAACUUGAAAAUGAAAGAAUACCCCAAUCUUUUCGGUGUCUGGUAAACCUUUUGACUUGUAGACCAUACCAUUAUAGGUUUUGGGUUACUUGAAAUUCAAAGUAUUGUUUGAUUUGAACAGGUUCAGUUCGCUUCCUAACAGACUUACAAACAUUCCUCUAGUCCCACAUGUUGUAGAGAAGAUUAAAGAUAUGUUGCUGCUUGUGGAAAUGGAGGCUCAUGAGUAAGAUCAGUUACGCUUUUUAAACCAAGAGAUCAAGAUUAAAUGGAUCUCCUUGAUUAACCGAUAGGUGAUGCACUUUCAAUCUUGCAAUUCAUGACUGGGCAUGCCCAAGUCAAUAAACCCCUUAUGUAGGCCUAAUAAUACUUGAGCGUCGUAAUUGUUAUUCACAGGGUGAGCCUCACACCAGAGAAGACCCUCAUUAUGUAAUAUAAGCCCAGCCUUAGCCAUUCACUGUAAUGAACCCAUGGAGUAAAUGACACUAUUAGAGGCUAAUGGAGACUCCAGCCUCGGUUGCCAACAGGCACGUUGAGCAUUAACCUCCUGACGUAGGCCAGCCAAGUGUGAAGGUCUGUGUCAGAGGAGUGAUUUCUCAAUUGGGGGAAGAGCCCAAUUCUAACUGGAGACUGCCAUUUUGGUAAUGCCAAUUUAGUUUCAAAUUGGGAAUAGUGGCUUAGUUAAACAGUAACAUUUAAAACAUAUUUAUAUUAGGGCACAUUUUCCCCUUGGAUCUAUCCCUUGUGGCUGCAAUGAAAUGUACAGUCAAGUCAACACAGAUGGCAUGUUGACGGCACAACAUAUUCCAGUGAGUGAACUUUUCAACUAGCCCCCAGGUGCAAUCUGUGUGGAAAAUCAUGGCAAUAUUGCCUCCGCAGCCUCAUUAGCAAUCAAUCCCAUCAUGCAGCAGCACACAGGGUUCAAGGUGGACUUCCACGAGCACAGGGAACAUAGCGCAGGUCACUGAAACCCCCCCCAGAAACACUGGCAAUGCCAAAGACCUUGAAACGGUCUUGAUGAAUACGCAGAAACGUCGGGACUCCAGUGACUGACUAGGCGUAGGGAGCAUGCCAAAACUUAGCCAGGUAAUGGACAUAGUGACUGUUUGUCAUUUCCGAAUGCCUUUGAAACAAACAUUGGAACAAAUCCAUUUAAUGAAGGCAAUGCUUUACUGAUCCUGGUUAAAGCCAGGGGAUGGAAAUGUCACAUGAAAACUUUCCAUUACACUAGUAUUUAAUAGAUUAUGAAUUUGAUUCUAGAAUAGUUGAUGUAGAGUAUGUCAUCUCCAUCGUAGAUUUAUCCUACAUAAAAUAAUUAUUGAUAUACCCAUAAGCCAGUUAUGAGGAUGAAUCCUGCCCAAAUCUUUGACUUUUUGUAUCAUAUUAGCUUUAGUUCUAAAGUGGAUACUUUAUACAUAAUGUAGAGACAUACAGAACAUCAAUAGGACAUAGUAAAUGCAGAGUUGGUUAUCGAACUGCAGCUCAUAUUGUAAAUAACAGUGGCCUUGUGCCCAUCUAUGAUUACUCCACAAAGUGGUCCGCAGUUUUCUAAAAGAUUAGUCCUGCGGCUGUAGAACAUUGGACAAACCUCUGUUGGCUUUGCCAGCUGGCUCGAACAGUCCGGUCCAUAAAUUGGCCUUGGUUUGUUCCGAAAGCUCUACAAGGUCUUUAAAAAGAACAAGAGCCCCGUAUAAGGCCUUCGAAAAGGUCUUGCAGUCGAACGCUGUGCAAAUGAACAUAAUUACCUGCAAUUUGAAGUAUUUGGCAGUAACUGAUACCAUAGACCUUCCCUUUUAAUGCAUGGAAGAUAACAGAGACACUCCAUUUGUAAGUGCUUCAACUCGUUAAAAACACUUUAGGAACUUGGCGGUGGAUCUUCAGCUCGGGUGGUGGUAUGCAAUUAUGGGGCCGAGAUGUAGCAGAAAUCACAUCAGAUUGUCUCAUUUGCAUGCAUUAUGUGGACGUCCGCGUGGUGUGCCGACCUCCUAAUUACUUUUACAACAGCUUAACGUGUAUUUCCUAUGGCUUAUUAUCACCUUGUAACAGUAUACACCAUGCGGGACCGGGGCCCUACCAAUAACACAUGCACACGACACACACGUCUUCACCUAGUGGAAAUCCAUGGCAUAAAGAGAAACACAGUAAUAGGUGUUAUGCCGUAUUGAAAAACCUAUGUGUAAAUAAAUGAAAAGGCUUGAGAAAUGAUUGAAUCGUCGGUUGGUGUUGACAUUCAGAUUGAGUCAGCAAAAGAGAAGAUUGGUGUUUUGAGACCAGGCUGAAUAGAAUUUCUCUCACCACUAAGAACAACACAAACCUCCAUUAACCCCCUUAGAGUGAGUGAGUCACUAUAGCUGCUUAUUAUGCUCAGGUGAAUAGCUUCUCUUGGGGGCGCCUAGUGGCUUUACUUGUUGACGCAGGGAUUUCCCAGGCACAUUCAUGAAGGUAACAUCAAUCCUGAAGGGAAGCGCGGUCAUGUUAGGCUUGGCAGCCACCAUUUCAGCCAUGAUGAGGGUGCUCCGCAUGAAACGGGCAAAACAAGAUAAUGUAUUUCCUGCCCGUCGAGCGAAGUGUGCAUAUGGGAAAGCCAAUGAUUCCAGUGGCAUCUAUCCUAGAGAUAGGCGAGGGGUUGUACAGACCCAACAGCAAUGUGUCAUACUUGUACAGUACAUUUCAUGGUCGGAAGCAGAGAUAGUUUGAAACUCACAAAUGGAAAUUCGCCGGACUGGGGGUGAAUUCACUUUAAUGAUGGGGUGGUGAAGAGUUUAACUGAAAAUAUUUUCAUUUUUUUCGGCUGGGCUUUAGAGAAAAAGGAAAUUUGCCCGACUUCAUGAAUAUACAGUGGAUUCGGAAAGUAUUCAGACCCCUUGAAGUUUUCCACAUUUUGUUACGUUACAGCCUUAUUCUAAAAUGGAUUAAAUAAAAACAAAUCCUCAUCAAUCUACACACAAUACCCCAUAAUGACAAUACCCCCCCCCCCCCCCCCCCCCCCCUGAAAACAGGUUUAUAAAUUUUUGCAAAUGUAUAAAAUAAUAAUUACAAAAAUACCUUAUUUACAUAAGUAUUCAGACCUGAAAUUGAGACUCGAAAUUGAGCUCAGGUGCAUCCUGUUUCCAUUGAUCAUCCUUGAUGUUUCUACAACUUGAUUGGAGUCCACCUGUGGUAAAUUCAAUUGAUUGGACAUGAUUUCGAAAGGCACACACCUGUCUAUAUAAGGUCCCACAGUUGACCGUGCAUGUCAGAGCAACCAAGCCAUGAAGUCGAAGGAAUUGUCCGUAGAGCUCCGAGACAGGAUUGUGUCGAGGCACAGAUCUAGGGAAGGGUACCAAAAAAUGUCUGCAGCAUUGAAGGUCCCCAAGAACACAGUGGCCUCCAUCUUUCUUAAAUGGAAGAAGUUUGGAACCACCAAGAAUCUUCCUAGAGCUGGCCGCCCGGCCAAACUGAGCAAUCGUGGGAGAAGGGCCUUGGUCAGGGAGGUGACCAAGAACCCGAUGGACACUCUGACAGAGAGCACCAGAUUUCCUCAGUGGAGAUGGAAAAAUCUUCCAGAAGGACAACCAUCUCUGUAGCACUCCACUAAUCAGGUCUUUAUGGUAGAGUGGACAGACGGAAGCCACUCCUCAGUAAAAGGCACAUGACAGCCCGCUUGGAGUUUGCCAAAAGGCACCUAAAGGACUCUGACCUUGAGAAACAAGAUUAUCUAGUCUGAUGAAACCAAGAUUGAACUUUUUGGCCUGAAUACCAAGUGUCACGUCUGGAGGAAACCUGGCACCAUCCCUACAGUGAAGCAUGGUGGUGGCAGCAUCAUGCUGUGGGGAUGUUUUUUAGCGGCAGGGACUGGGAGACUAGUCAGGAUCAAGGGAUAGAUGAACGGAGCAAAGUACAGAGAUCCUUGAUGAAAACCUGCUCCAGAGCACUCAGGACCUCAGACUGGGAUGAAGGUUCACCUUCCAACAGGACAACCACCCUAAGCACACAGCCAAGACAACACAGGAAUGGCUUUGGGACAAGUCUCUGAAUGUCCUUGAGUGGAACAACCAGCGCCCGGACUUGAAACCGAUCGAACAUCUCUUGAGAGACCUGAAAGUAGCUGUGCAGCGACACUCCCCAUCCAACCUAACAGAGCUUGAGAGGAUCUGCAGAGAAGAAUGGGAGAAACUCCCCAAAUACAGGUGUGCCAAGCUUGUAGCGUCAUACCCAAGAAGACUCUGUAAUCGCUGCCAAAGGUGCUUCAACAAAGUACUGAGUAAAGGGUCUGAAAACUUUUUAUUAAAUUUGUAAACAUUUCAUUAUGGGGUAUUGUGUGUAGAUUGUUGAGGGGGGAAAAACAAUUUAAUCAAUUUUAGAAUAAGGCUGUAACGUAACAACGUGGAAAAAGUCAAGGGGUCUGAAUACUUUCCGAAUGCACUGUAGAUAUUGUAAAAAACAAGAAUGGCAAUGAAGGACCUUUCACUAAAGCUUUAGGUACUGAAUUGUCUAGUGUCAGCAUUCUCAGUAAAAGGCUUUACAGACCAGUGUUCAUAGAAGAUGUAUUAACUACAGUGACCAACCAGAAUUUGAGUGAAGCCAUUUUUACCAAAUAUACUAAGAGUUUCGCCAAUAUUCUUAUUAAAAUUGUCCUUGAAAAACAGAGUUUGAAGCCAAUUGGAUUAUUUGAACAAAUCACAAGCUUCUCCAGCAUACAGCAUUUUUCUGUAUUACUUAAACCUAAUGUUCCAAUUGUCCUGGCUCAAGGGUACUCAUAAAACCAAGUUUAGAAGAUAAAUGUGUGACUAUAAACCCAAGCAGAAAUACAUUACCGGCAACCUGAAGUUGAGCUCUGCUGAACCUAAAGACCUGCUGAAAAUACCAGAUGCUCCCCAUUGAAUUGGAUACAUGAAAAUGCACUAUUUUCUAGUUAUAUAACUAGGAAAUGUAUUAUAUUAUGCUAACUGUUUGACUGCUCCGAUUAUGUUCCAUGGCGGGCUCUAGUGAUAAUGCCUUUCCCCUCAACCACUAAUCCCAAAAUGCCUUAAAUGUGUUAAGGCAACGUGCAUAUACACAGUUUUAAUAACACUCUGAAUAAUACUAUCUGGAGUUCAGCAUUCACUGGGCACUCCAAUUCCACCAUUGAGUGCUAAAUGUUAUACACUGCUCAAAAAAAUAAAGGGAACACUUAAACAACACAAUGUAACUCCAAGUCAAUCACACUUCUGUGAAAUCAAACUGUCCACUUAGGAAGCAACACUGAUUGACAAUAAAUGUCACAUGCUGUUGUGCAAAUGGAAUAGACAACAGUUGGAAAUUAUAGGCAAUUAGCAAGACACCCUCAAACGGUCAGAAACAGACUCCAUGAGGGUGGUAUGAGGGCCCGACGUCCACAGGUGGGGGUUGUGCUUACAGCCCAACACCGUGCAGGAAGUUUGGCAUUUGCCAGAGAACACCAAGAUUGGCAAAUUCGCAACUGGCGCCCUGUGCUCUUCACAGAUGAAAGCAGGUUCACACUGAGCACAUGUGACAGACGUGACAGAGUCUGGAGACGCCGUGGAGAACGUUCUGCUGCCUGCAACAUCCUCCAGCAUGACCGGUUUGGCGGUGGGUCAGUCAUGGUGUGGGGUGGCAUUUCUUUGGGGGGCCGCACAGCCCUCCAUGUGCUCGCCAGAGGUAGCCUGACUGCCAUUAGGUACCGAGAUGAGAUCCUCAGACCCCUUGUGAGACCAUAUGCUGGUGCGGUUGGCCCUGGGUUCCUCCUAAUGCAAGACAAUGCUAGACCUCAUGUGGCUGGAGUGUGUCAGCAGUUCCUGCAAGAGGAAGGCAUUGAUGCUAUGGACUGGCCCGCCCGUUCCCCAGACCUGAAUCCAAUUUAGCAUAUCUGGGACAUCAUGUCUCGCUCCAUCCACCAACGCCACGUUGCACCACAGACUGUCCAGGAGUUGGCGGAUGCUUUAGUCCAGGUCUGGGAGGAGAUCCCUCAGGAGACCAUCCGCCACCUCAUCAGGAGCAUGCCCAGGCGUUGUAGGGAGGUCAUACAGGCACGUGGAGGCCACACACACUACUGAGCCUCAUUUUGACUUGUUUUAAGGACAUUACAUCAAAGUUGGAUCAGCCUGUAGUGUGGUUUUCCACUUUAAUUUUGAGGGUGACUCCAAAUCCAGACCUCCAUGGGUUGAUACAUUUGAUUUCCAUUGAUAAUUUUUGUGUGAUUUUGUUGUCAGCACAUUCAACUAUGUAAAGAAAAAAGUAUUUAAUAAGAUUAUUUCAUUCAUUCAGAUCUAGAAUGUGUUAUUUUAGUGUUUUUUGAGCAGUGUAUUAAUCUGCCUGAAUUAUCUCUAUUUGUGCUACUGUUAAAUUAUUUUGUUGUUGUUAUCUCACUGUUCAAAUAAACCUACCUGUUUGGAAUCUGGUUGAUUGAUUGCUUCUGUGGACAGGUGUCUUUUAUAGAGGUAACAAGCUGAGAUUAGGAGCACUCCCUUUCAGAGUGUGCUCCUAAUCUCAGCUCGUUACCUGUAUAAAAGACACCUGGGAGCCAGAAAUCUUUCUGAUUGAGAGGGGGUCAAAUACUUAUUUCCCUCAUUAAAAUGCAAAUCAAUUUAAAACAUGUUUUUUUCUGGAUUUAUUUGUUGUUAUUCUGUCUCUCACUAUUCAAAUAAACCUACCAUUAAAAUUAUAGACUGAUCAUGUCUUUGUCAGUGGGCAAACGUACAAAAUCAGCAGGGAAUCAAAUACUUUUUUCUCUCACUGUAGGCUACAACAAUGUGUAUAUACAGGUAACUGCCAAAAUAAAGGAAACAGCAACAAAGUGUCUUAAUAGGAUGUUGGGCCACCACGAGCCAGAACAGCUUCAAUGCACCUUGGCAUAGAUUCUACAAGUGUCAUUAUUCCACGACAAAUUCCAUCAUUUGGUGUUUUGUUGAUGGUGGUGGAAAACGCUGUCUCAGGCGCUGCUCCAGAAUCUCCCAUAAGUGUUCAAUUGGGUUGAGAUCUGGUGACUGAGACAGCCAUGGCAUAUGGUUUACAUUGUUUUCAUGUUCAUCAAACCAUUCAGUGACCACUCGUGCCCUGUGGAUGGAGGCAUUGUCAUCCUAUGGGGGCAUAGCCAUGGAAGCCAAAAUAAUGGCCUGCCCAACAUUUUCAUACAUGACCCUAAGCAUGAUGGGAUGUUAAUUGCUUAAUUAACUCAGGAACCACACCUGUGUAGAAGCGCCUGCUUUCAAUAUACUUUGUAUCCCUCAUUUACCUGUGUUUCCAUUAUUUUGGCAGUUACCUGUAUCUGCCAGAGGGUGUUUGUUCACAAUAACACAUCAAGGCAGGGUAGACAUUCUGAUGCAUGUUUUACUCACUGGCAGUUCCAUAAUCCUUCAAAAGGCACAUCCUGCCAUGUCCGGAGGCCUGGUCUAGCCUCCAUUGGCACUAAGCAGAGAAAUCUGGAUACCUCACACUCCCUGCAGAUAUGCAUAUGUCCUGUUCAUUCAAGCCAAAUACAGUGGCACGAUCACACCCUUUAUUAGCACUAGCCAUAAUGCUUACACUUUGUGCCAUAUCGUAUCAAAAUGCCACCAAGAUUAAUGCUUCAUAAACAUGUCAUUAUCUCUGUCUUUACACACAGUAGCAUUGCUGUCCUGCCAACAGAAGUAACACUGCAGUGAAAUAUCAAACAGUCCAUUUUGAUUGGUUGAAAUAUUAACCAGUCUGUGCUUGACAUAACCGUUAUGGAAGGUGAUGAAAGACUAAAUACAGUGCAGGUUACUUAGGACUGUGUAUCUAUCAAACUUGGCUAAUGGCCAAGACAUUUGGUCGCUGAAUGGAAUUGAAGGAAUAUGCAUGGUUUAUUAUUCUGUAGAGUGUCUCAGGUAAAUUCAAAACACAAGUCGGUAUGUGCGUGUGCGCCACACUCCUAACCCAUCACUACCACACUCUAAGGUAACAGGGUUUCUCAUUUCUGUCAGCUGCAUGUGACCUUUAAGGAAGACUAUCAAGGGACCGUGGGUGCUGCAACAAAGGCAAUGUCAACAUCCCUUGUCUCGCAGUGCGUGAAUGCCAAUGCAUCGGCCUGUGAUGCCAGUGCUGGAGUCCCUGUACCUACUGACAUAUUCAGUCCCUGAAUAUUCCUUUCUCUGUUCUUGCCCCUGAAUCAUUGUCAUAAAAUGGCUUCAUGUCUUUGAUUUUGUGAUAGCUUGGUUUCUAAUAGAGGUCAUUUGUACUCUAUGACUUAGUGACAAGCAGAAGACAUAUUGUACAGUAUAUUGACUUAUUUGUUGUCAAAUGGUAUCUGGGGCAUAUCCAAGCCAAUCAUUUUCCGUCUCAUAGCUGUUUACAGGAGUUGGUAGGUACCGCACACAUCCAACACUGUUUUGACAACAACAAAAAUCAUAACUUGCUUAGCAGAUCCCCUACGUUUUAACCCUUAAUUGCUACUCGAAAGUUAGUUGGCAGGCAGUGCCAUCAUAAUCGCUCGGAGCACGGGAUCUCAAACCGGUGCUGAAAUCUGAGGCUUACCAUGCAUUUGGUUCCCAUUAGAGGCGAGGAAUCCUCUGGGAACAUCACUCUUUCUGCAACUCUGUGACCUACUUAUGCGUCUAUAUGAGAACCACAUGGGAGGGCCUUUGCUCGACAGGGCUUUCGAGAGAAAGACAUUCGCUUUGGUUGAGUCUAAUUACCAUAUGGGUCUCUCUCGCCCCAUCCUAUUUUUAACUGUUGGAGAAGAAAAGUGAAUGAUGAGAUGAAAAUAGGCAGAACAUGUUGCUGCUCACCAGGGGCAGAUGAUAUUAGUGGUGGGUGGAUGUGUUUUUCGGUAUUCUUUUGCAUAAAAGAUUUAUAGAAAUCUGUUGAUAUGAUGCAAGGACACGGGCCAAGUACUCUUUCAUACUUCACACUUUUAACACUGUGCAAUUACUCAACGGCAUCAAAAUUCCAUGAAACUACAUGGUACCUUAAUGAAAAGUGACUGACCACAACUUUGUUCAGGAAGCAACAAGCUACGCUUUCUUUAGUUACCUUGGUCCAGCACGUUCAUCCACUCCUCCUAAUCCCUCUGACGUUUUAAUGGAGCUCCCCAGAGUACACAGACACCAUUACCUCUGUUGGGCUAAACCCAACCCCAGCUGCUGCUCUGCUGUAUAUGCCAGGGCACCGUUCUCAUUUAGCCUCCCCAUAACCGAGCCACAAUCCUUGGCUGUAGUGUGCCUGUUUGAGCCCAGAUAAGCUUCUGGAUAUCUAAGUGUUGAUCUUGGCCAGUGCGAGAAGCCAGGUACACCUGCAGUGAAGGAUGAACUCAAAUAAACUCUGCAUAGUGGGAGAAAAACAUGUAUUUCUUUCCCAGGGACUUCUAAGCUGUUUGUGCUCUGUGUUUAGAGUCUGGGCUGAUUUGAGUGUUUGUUAUGAUGAACGAGUAGACUGUCUGGAGGCUUCUCUGUCACGGCCUCCUGAGACUUUGGCAGCAGAGUACUUGGCAGGAUAGCACUCCGUAUUUGACGGAGGUAAGAAAGACGGAUUGAAUCCAGCCCUUGAUUUAGGAUGAGUCAUGCUGUUACAGCCACAAUGGGGGGACGGUUGAAUGUGAAAUCCUUUUGAUAUCAUGACAGAAUUGUAUUUUCGAAUGGGCUAAGUCAUGACCUCACUUUCUUUCUUAUGUUCUUUCUUUCUUUUUCUCCUUUAGGUGUCCGAAGGCUCCCUGACAUGGAGAAGUCCAGCCCCAGCGUCCACUACACUCUCCUGAUCGCCUGCGUCCUGGUGGCCUUCUUCCUCGGUGCCAUCCUCUCCGGCUUCCUGGUAUCAUGCUACUGCAGUCACAACGCCCGCCGCGCCCACCGGCUUGGUAAGGACCCUGAGGCGUCCCUCCACCCCGCCCUCUCGCUGCGCAGCCUGGCCAAGCUAAACGGCCUGCUGGACAGUCAGCCCAAAGAGGAGAAGCUGGACGUGUCUACGCCCAAGAUGUACAGCGCCUUCAUUCCCAACGGGAAGGAGCACACUCCGGGCAGGCACAGGAUGUCCCUGGGAGACCCGGACCUUAACCUCUCCCAAGGGGAGAACCUCUCAGGCCUACCUACCCCUGACUCCACCCCGGAGCUGCCCAUCAAGAACAUGAAAGCCUUCCGGAACCAGUGGGAGAGGAACCAGAACUGCAACAACGCCAAGGAGUCCAAGGCACCCCCCGGCACUGGCUUCGGCCUGGGUUCGUCGAGGUCCAGCUCGGGGGUCACCCAGCAGGUGUUCCCCUUCUCCCACAGCCUGACCAUCGGCCAAGCCCUGGGGCACCUGCCUGAGGAGAGGAAGAUCCCCAACGACGAGCGUGCACAGGGGGCUUCAGCCUCCCAGUCCUCCUCCUGCUACCCGCAGACGGUGGUGGACGUGGCGGCCCUGGACGAGCUCCUCCAGCACAUCCACGAGGUCAGUGCCUCAGGCAGUCACAGCAUCACUGUGCUGACCUCACCGUGUGCCCCCCUGCCGGGUAGCUCCAGCCAUAACCACGGUCACAGCCAGAGCAGCUUCAGAUCCCAGCCCCAGAUCCCCGAGACGGAGUCGGCCCCGUACUACAGUUCCUCCACCCUGCCCAGGGACAGUCUGAACCGCCGCCUGGACGUGCCCCCAGACGCCGCCGCCUCCUCCUCGGCCGGCGCCACCCCGCUGCAGCAGCAGUCCAUCCCCGAGCGGAGCGCAGUGACUCGCCACCACUCCCAGAGGCAUUUAAUGAUCAAGAUGGGCAAUGGAGGGGCCGUCCCGCGCCAGCACAGCUUCAGACAGGGCGGGGUUGGGCCACCACCCCACCAGCUGCUCACCCGGAUGAACUCGGGAGGCGGCGGUGGUGUCGGGGGAGGGGUCGGCUUUGAGGCCCACCGGCCGCUCAUCCCCAGUGCCUGCCUGACACGGCAGCACAGCUACAGCGAACCGCCCCACCUCCACCGCGCCGCCAUCGUACGCCGCACUGCCUCCCUAAAGCCCCAGGUACCCCCCAAGCCCCUCUUCCUGCCCGUAAAUGAGCAAGGCAAGUACAACUACUGAGCGCUGAGGAGUCGGACCGAGAGGCUCCGACAUGACAGACGACGUAACCGCGCUCCUCUCAGAGUUAGGGCAACUCCCCUCUGAUGGGGGGGAUUGAGUGGAGCUCGAGGGGGCAACUCCCGGGACUGGCACACCUUUUGGCGAGACGUCCGACAAUAGCCUCCACACCUGAUGAAUGUCCUUAUACCAUAUUGGUAUUAUUGCAAUGCUACUUGAUCACAGAACAGUGAUGGAUUCACAGGAUAUAGAACAUGUGGUAGUAUUAAAUUGACUUGGGGAG